AAAGGCAUCUGCUGAGAGAUUUGGGACAGAAGAAGGUGGCCACUCUGAAGCAGACCGACUGUCAUACAGAGUCAGCAGCACCCUGGAGGAGGCCAAGACCACUGGCUCUUCUGAGAGCCCAGAAACACCCCCUGAGCCUCACGACCCCGGCAGCUCCCUGCCCCUGACACCCCAGAUGGAGAGUCACUCCGAGGAGGAAGAUCAUGGUGGCCUGGGCCGGAAUGGCAGGGGUCCCCGGGCCCAUAGCCCAAGGGGCUACUCGAUGGAGGCAGUGCUGAGCCGAAAGAAGCACCGCCGGCGGCCUUCCAAGCGCAAGCGGCACUGGCGGCCCUACCUGGAGCUGAGCUGGGCCGAGAAGCAGCAGCGGGAUGAGAGGCAGAGCCAGAGGGCCUCCCGGGUCCGAGAGGAGAUGUUUGCCAAGGGCCAGCCUGUGGCGCCCUACAACACCACCCAGUUCCUGAUGGAUGACCGAGACCCUGAGGAGCCUGACCUGGAUGUGCCCCAGGGGGCCUCCCACCCGGGCUCCAGUGGGGAGAGUGAAGCAGGGGACAGCGAUGGGCGAGGCCAAGUUCACGGGGAGUUCCAGCAGAGGGAUUUCUCAGAGGCCUAUGAGCGCUACCACACAGAGAGCCUGCAGGGCCGCAGCAAGCAGGAGUUGGUGCAAGACUACCUGGACCUGGAGCGGAGGCUGUCCCAGGCCGAGGAGGAGAGCAGGAGGCUGCAGCAGCGGUGCACCAGCCGACAGUCCUGUCACCUGGUUGAGGAGCUGGCUGCCGAGGUCGAGAGGCUCCGGACGGAGAACCAGCGGCUUCGGCGGGAGAACGAGAUGUGGAACCGAGAGGGCAGCCUUGGCGGUGGGGAGCCAGGCACCUAGGAGUGCCCCCCAGCCAGGUUGGCCCAAGCAGACAGUUCAUUUCACACACGCUCAGGCCGGCUGGGCCUCAAGUGGGCGGGCGGCCAGUGAAAACCACGCUCAGCACCCUGUGCUCCCCGAGGACAGCUUGACUUCCACCUUGUCGUUUCCACAAUUUGUUCUUUGAUGUCAUCUUAUUUUUCACAAAGAAAAUAAAUGGUUUUGGUGAA